AAAGUGUAGAUAAUGUAUCCACCUCUGUGUUGUUUUAGUGUUUGAUGUGCUUCCUGCUCUGAGAUAAACCUGAAUGACUACUGUUUUAAAAGGCCUCUGUCUGACACACUCUACAGGUCAGUUCCCCAGACACUGGUCAGAGUGGGGGGGUUCCAUCAGACUGUGUGUGUUAAAUCAUGGUUCCCCCACUCUCUUCUGAUCAUGUGAUCAGGGAACUGCCCCCACAUACACUUCCUGUCCCAUUGUAGAUUUUUUAAAGGCUGUGAUUUCCUGACAGAGGGUAGCAGCUCGUAAAUUUGUGCUAGGUUGUAUAACGCAAUUAGCCUUUUUCUAGAUCUGUUGGUGCUCUUGGCAAGAUGCCACAAACAGAUCUGGGACCAGGCUGUAUUGCCACAAUAGCUGGCUAUUCCCAAAACCCACUACCUUUGGCUUGCACAGUACUGACCAUUUUCAGCCUUCUGGAAGAGAAUGUAUCUGUGCCACACAGUCUGGGAAUGAAGUGGAUGUUACUGUUCGUCCUCAUCUCACAGUACAGCAGUGUUCACUCACUCAGAUGUUACUGUUCGUCCUCAUCUCACAGUACAGAGGUGUUCACUCAGACUCCAGAUGUUACUGUUCGUCCUCAUCUCACAGUACAGUGGUGUUCACUCACUCAGACUCCAGAUGUUACUGUUCGUCCUCAUCUCACAGUACAGAGGUGUUCACUCAGACUCCAGAUGUUACUGUUCGUCCUCAUCUCACAGUACAGCAGUGUUCACUCACUCAGACUCCAGAUCUUACUGUUCGUCCUUAUCUCACAGUACAGUGGUGUUCACUCACUCAGAUGUUACUGUUUGUCCUCAUCUCACAGUACAGUGGUGUUCACUCACUCAGAUGUUACUGUUCGUCCUCAUCUCACAGUACAGUGGUGUUCACUCACUCAGAUGUUACUGUUUGUCCUCAUCUCACAGUACAGAGGUGUUCACUCACUCAGAUGUUACUGUUCGUCCUCAUCUCACAGUACAGUGGUGUUCACUCACUCAGACUCCAGAUGUUACUGUUAGUCCUCAUCUCACAGUACAGAGGUGUUCACUCACUCAGACUCCAGAUGUUACUGUUCGUCCUCAUCUCACAGUACAGAGGCGUUCACUCACUCAGAUGUUACUGUUAGUCCUCAUCUCACAGUACAGAGGUGUUCACUCAGACUCCAGAUGUUACUGUUCGUCCUCAUCUCACAGUACAGUGGUGUUCACUCACUCAGAUGUUACUGUUUGUCCUCAUCUCACAGUACAGUGGUGUUCACUCACUCAGAUGUUACUGUUCGUCCUCAUCUCACAGUACAGAGGUGUUCACUCACUCAGACUCCAGAUGUUACUGUUCGUCCUCAUCUCACAGUACAGAGGCGUUCACUCACUCAGAUGCUACUGUUCGUCCUCAUCUCACAGUACAGAGGUGUUCACUCACUCAGACUCCAGAUGUUACUGUUUGUCCUCAUCUCACAGUACAGAGGUGUUCACUCUCUCAGACUCCAGAUGUUACUGUUAGUCCUCAUCUCACAGUACAGAGGUGUUCACUCACUCAGACUCCAGAUGUUACUGUUCGUCCUCAUCUCACAGUACAGAGGCGUUCACUCACUCAGAUGUUACUGUUUGUCCUCAUCUCACAGUACAGAGGUGUUCACUCACUCAGAUGUUACUGUUCGUCCUCAUCUCACAGUACAGUGGUGUUCACUCACUCAGAUGUUACUGUUUGUCCUCAUCUCACAGUACAGUGGUGUUCACUCACUCAGAUGUUACUGUUUGUCCUCAUCUCACAGUACAGAGGUGUUCACUCACUCAGAUGUUACUGUUUGUCCUCAUCUCACAGUACAGAGGUGUUCACUCACUCAGAUGUUACUGUUUGUCCUCAUCUCACAGUACAGAGGUGUUCACUCACUCAGACUCCAGAUGUUACUGUUCAUCCUCAUCUCACAGUACAGAGGUGUUCACUCACUCAGACUCCAGAUGUUACUGUUCGUCCUCAUCUCACAGUACAGAGGUGUUCACUCACUCAGACUCCAGAUGUUACUGUUCAUCCUCAUCUCACAGUACAGAGGUGUUCACUCACUCAGACUCCAGAUGUUACUGUUCGUCCUCAUCUCACAGUACAGUGGUGUUCACUCACUCAGAUGUUACUGUUCGUCCUCAUCUCACAGUACAGAGGCGUUCACUCACUCAGAUGUUACUGUUCGUCCUCAUCUCACAGUACAGAGGUGUUCACUCACUCAGACUCCAGAUGUUACUGUUCGUCCUCAUCUCACAGUACAGAGGUGUUCACUCACUCAGACUCCAGAUGUUACUGUUAGUCCUCAUCUCACAGUACAGAGGUGUUCACUCACUCAGACUCCAGAUGUUACUGUUCGUCCUCAUCUCACAGUACAGACGUGUUCACUCACUCAGACUCCAGAUGUUACUGUUCGUCCUCAUCUCACAGUACAGAGGUGUUCACUCACUCAGACUCCAGAUGUGGUCAGGAAUCAACCACCAGACGACUUUCUCCUUCCUUUCCCCUCCUCCAUUUGACAUCAAAUCUGUGUUGUUUUCUCUCUCUAAACCAAAAGUCACCCCCCCCAUGACCCUGACUGACCUGAAUGAACUCCUCCUCGUCCACACCACAUGGUUGACUCGUCAUUGUCUGAGUGGAUCUGCUAGCUGCUAUUAUAUUAUAUAUAUAUAUACACACACUGCUCAAAAAACUAAAGGGAACACUAAAAUAACAC